AUGAAGCGUCGAUCGUUGCUUGUGGCCCUCUUCGUUGUCGGGGAUGUUGCCUGUUCGCUGUUAUCAAUGGGAUUUUACUCCGACUCAUGGAAGUUCGACUUUAACCUUUUAUUCAAGUAUCUAAUGUUCAUUGAUGGGUACAAUUAUUUCACGAAUCCUAUGGAUUUUGUUUUCUUAUCGAUUCUACGGCUCGUUUUCCUGGUCACGGCAAUGUCUUUAAUUACGUUCCACCAGGAUCCCAAAGCGAAAGCCAUGUUUAUGCCCAUGAUUGGCUUCGCAACCUUCUGCUACUCUUACACUCUGGUGAAGAUGCUUGCAUUUUCUGAAGAUACGAGGAUGAUGCAGUACCCUGGAACGUGGUUUUCCGUUGCAUGGUCUAUGACAGCAGCGCUGCUGUUCUCACUAAUUUGGUAUUUCAUUAUUACCGCCCAUGAUUUCGACUAUCAACGAUUGGUUUCGGAACGCAUAAGCGCGAUUACAACAGCCACACGAGACACUUCCGAUGUCGAAGAAACAUCCGAAAGAGCGACGAGAGACGGUGAGUAA